CCUUUGGAAUUCACGUAUGGUCAUUGACUCUGGAACAAGAUAAGUUAUCCACGUCACGUCGCCUUCCUACUCCGCAAUCCUUUCUCUCUCCUCUACAUUUCUCAAAAUCCUAUUAUCCUUUCAAGAUAAGCAACUUUUUCCCUGUACGCUAUAUUUCUAUCAUUCUUUUCUUUUUUCUGAUUUAAUUUCUGAAUUAGCGUUCUCUCUUUGAAGAAACAGGCAAAGGAAAACAAAAAAAAAAGCCUCUCGGACUUUUGUUAAUGAAAAAAAGAUUUAAAAAUAGAGGCUUUAAUAUUGUUGGGUGGAUAAUUUUAAGUCAAAAUCCGCCACAGCUUUAUCCAUUUGCCUCUUUUUUUGUUGAAUUUCAAAGAAAGUCAAGAUGAUGAGAAGGCAACAGGAUCAACAAUCUAUGGUUUUGGAAGAACUUUCUUCACUGAUUUUAAAUAUUCUAAGAUCACCACCGCUGCCGAUUGAGUUUUACGAUGAUUCGUUAUCAGCUACAAUGUCUCCAUCUUCUUCAGGGAGGAGGACGGGGUCGAUGCAGCAGAUUACUCCCACGGGAUUCGCAUCUCUGCUUUUGGGGAUUUCUUUUGCUUUGAUGCUUUGUGGAUCGUUGACUUUCUUCAUUGGCUUCUUAAUGAUGCCAUGGGUGCUUGGUUUGGUUAUGGUCUUUUACGUAGCUGGGAUUCUCUACAGUUUGUCUAUGAUUGGACGAGCUAUUUUCUCUCAUAUAUCUUCUCCCUCCUCUCCACGAAAAGAUUUUCACCGACACGGUAUUGCUUGAUAUUUCACAUAGCUUUUGACAAAGAGUUAUGGAAGUAUAUCGUAAAUGGGCACAAGGUCAAAUGAGUGGCAUAUGAGAUAGAUUAUUCUUGUUCACUCUGGAUGUAAAUGGGGCUUUAAAAAUGAAUUACUUUUCAUUAUGUACACGUAAGCUAUGAAAGUCAAUUAUUCUUCAUCUCUGAGUUUCAUUUUCUUUGUUCUAGCUUAAAACACUAUUUAUUUCCACUUCCCCUUAUGACUACUUGCUGCUAUUUCUUAUCUUUACUAAUUUUGGUUGUCAACAGGGGCGGACCCAUGUGUAAUUUUGGGGUUCUCCGGCACCUACUAUACUCGACAUAGAUUAGGUAUAAUUAUAUAAGAAACCCAGACUAAAUGGUAUAAUUUAUUAAAAAGCACCCAGAGAACAAACAUAUGGUUGGGUGCAGUGGCUUGAGGAUGUAACUCCCAUGUCCAGUUUCCUAGGUUCGAAUCCCUACAGCUACAUACUAUUUUUUAUAAAUUUUUUUGAGCACCCACAACCUUGAAUACCUGGUUGUCAAUACUUUACUCUUUUGUAGUUCUUUUCAACACAGCUUUUCACUCUUGUAUUUCUCAAACUUGUUUUGAAAAUGCUCUCCUCGAGCCGAGGGUUUUAUCAGAAACAACCUUUCUACCUUACCUCGGGUGGGGCCAAGUUUUGCACUCUUUUACAGAUCCCAUUCAUGGGAUCGUACUGUAUGCUGUUGUAUUGAGAUAAGCAUGCGGAUUAGAGGUAAGCCAUGUAUGCUUUUGUAAAUGCAAUCUGUUGAAAGAUUAGGGAUUAUUUCUUGUGAAUCUAAAUGAGGGAAGGUUCAACAGUUCUUGGUACUUGUAAUUUCUUUCCUUUAACAUGUCAGUACUUUGUUGUACCUACUUGAGAAGAAAACCUUUUUUAUAUUCUGAUUACCAAGUGUACAGGAGGUCCUUAGAUUUAUUUGUGAACUCUGAGGGAGUUGUAUGAGGUGAUAAUCUUAUGUUCAUGAGUUAUUUUUUUCUUCAACGGCAACAAAUAGCUUCACAGUAUAUGCUCUUUUACGAGUUUUUUACUGUUAAUCGUCGACAUGAUUUUUUCAAUUCAUCUGUGAAGAAAAUGUUACAAUAGAUGCAUAUUGAAGUUGCUUAAGUCUCUGCUUGGAUUAAGUCACAAGUAUUCUGUAAAUUUGGAAGGAAAUUAUAGUAUGCCUAUGAACUCAUAUACUCAUAAGGAUCCUGUUUUAUAAUUAGAAAUCAGCUUAACUUGCUAAGGAUCCUGUUUUAUAAUUAGAAAUCAGCUUAACUUGCUCGGUGAUCCUGCUUCAACCUAUCUCUGUGUUUGGACAUUCUAACUCACCUUUUAAGUGUGACCAUGAUAAACUAGCUUUAUACUGCACUAUGUUUUGUUCUUCCACCAGUCGGUUUUUUUCUGUAAAGGAUGGGUUGUUUGUGGUUUGAGACACUGACAUGGUGCAAGAUGUCUGCCCAUUAGUAUAUAUUUUUGUGUGGUUCCAAAAUUUUUCUUCACUCCAUUUCUUGUAUUUCUAAUUGCAGCCUAGAAACUUUUCUAAAGCAAUUUAAACACUUGAAUGAGACUUUCCAAGGUUGAGGAGUAUGAUUGAUUGUCUUCACCAUUAGAUGCAGCUUAGCAACAAUGUUUUAGACAGUGGAUACAGGAAUUUGAUAUAAUCAAUUGAGGAUAUUGUAAUCUUUCCCAGUGGAGUAGGGAACAACUUAAGGAUUUCAAAAUGGAAGUAUAUUUUUUAAUUACCAC